AUGGCGAACCCCCGUGUGCUCCUCUUAGGCGGGCACGGUAAAAUUGCCCUCUUUCUCACACCCCUCCUCCUCGAUCGCUCCUGGGAUGUAACCAGUGCAAUUCGCAACCCAGAGCAGACCAGAGAUAUCCUGAAACUGGGCAAAGGAAAGAAGGGCAGAGUCGAAGUGUCUGUUUCCAGCCUCGACGACGUGAAGAGCGCCGACGAUGCAAAAGCAAUAAUCGAACGCGUGAAGCCGAAUUAUAUCGUCUGGGCAGCUGGCGCUGGCGGCAAAGGCGAUCCGCUCCGUACCUACACCAUCGACCGUGACGCAGCCAAACACUUCAUAACAGCCGCCUUCAACGACCCCGCCAUCACCAAAUUCCUCCUAAUCUCCCACAUCGGCAGCAGACGCAAGCAGCCCUCCUGGCUCUCCGCAGAAACCUGGAAGCACUUCGAGCACAUAAACCAAGACGUGCUACCAGAUUACUACCAGGCAAAGCUAGCGGCGGACGAGUACUUUACCGUCAUGGCGCGCAAGCGGGCAGAGAUGGAUGACCAGCUCGGCCGCAAGGGGGACCAGAGGUUCCAGGCCAUCCUGCUUAGGCCGGGAGCGCUGAUGGAUGCGCCUGCGACGUGGAAGGUGGAGUUGGGGAAGACGAAGGAGGUGUACUUGGAGGGCGGGGUGGCGGCCAAUGUCAGUCGGGAGGAUGUGGCUAUUGUUGCGGAUCGGCUGCUGGCUAGGGGCGACACGCGGGGUUGGUUGGAUUUGCUGGGUGGGGAUGACGAUGUGGAUGAGGCGGUGGAGAUGGUGGUGAGGGACCGGGUGGAUGCGGUGGAUGGGGAGGAUUUCAACAUGAUGUGUGAGGCGAUUAAAUUGUGA